CUUUCGCGCUGCUGAUCGCCGGUUCCACUUAAACUCUUCUGUCUGUCUGUCUGUCUGUCUGUCUGUCUGUCGUCUGCCGUCUGUCUGUCACUGUCCUUCUUUUCUCCCCUCGACGCCACCUCUACACCAACCCCCUCCCCCCCAAGACACCAUGAUCGCGAAGAACCCCAAUGGCAAUCACGCGGUCAUCCCGCUGAUCAUCAACAACGAGUCCGUCGUGACAGACACCAUCUUCGACGUCACCAGCCCCACCACCGGCGAAGUCAUUGACCGUUGCGCUGGCGCCACCGUCGACCAUGCCAACCGCGCCGUCGCCGCCGCGAAGGCCGCCUUCCCCGGCUGGAGCAAGACGAAGCCUUACGGUCGCAGAGACAUCCUGAUACGGGCGGCGGACAUCAUGCUGAGCCGGAAGGAGGAAUUGAUCCGAUACCAGAUGGAGGAGACGGGCGCGGGUCGCAUGUUUGUCGAGAAGACCUUCAUGCUGGGCGUCGGGUUCUUGAAGGACUUUGCGGCUCGGAUCCCCUCCAUCGAGGGCUCUGUCCCUGCGGUCUCGGAGAACGGGGAGUGCGCCAUCGUGGUCAAGCAGCCAUACGGGGUGGUGCUGGGAAUCGCUCCCUGGAACGCCCCUUACAUCCUCGGAACGCGCGCAGUCGCACUGCCCCUGGCGGCGGGCAACACGACGAUCCUCAAGGGCUCGGAGCUGGCGCCCAAGUGCUUCUGGGCCAUCGGAGACGUCUUCCGCGAAGCUGGUCUUCCUGCGGGAUGUGUCAACAUUCUCUUCCACAAAACGUCCGACGCCGCGGCCGUCACGACCGCUCUCAUUGCGCACCCCGCGGUGCGCAAGAUCAACUUCACUGGCAGCACGACCGUGGGAUCCAUCGUUGCCUCCACGGCCGGCAAACAUGUCAAGCCGGUGCUCCUCGAGCUAGGGGGCAAGGCGUCGGCGAUCGUCCUGGACGACGCCAAUGUAGAGAAGGCCGCGAUGGGCUGUGCACUGGGAGCGUUUAUGCAUUCCGGGCAAAUCUGCAUGUCGACGGAGCGCAUCAUCGUGCAGCGGUCCAUCGCCGACCGAUUCAAGCAGCAGCUCACCGAGGCGACAGAGAAGGUGUUUGGCAAGCACGGCCCGCCCCUGGUGCUGGUGGCCUCGGCCGCGGUUAAGAAGAACAAGGAGCUCGUAGAGGACGCGCUGGCCAAGGGCGCGAACCUGGUGUACGGCGAGAGGACCGCCAUGGAGCAGCACAACUGCAGCAUGCGGCCGCUGGUGGUGGGCGACGUCGCCAAGAACAUGGACAUGUACUCGAUCGAGUCCUUUGGACCUACCGUGUCGCUCAUGGUGGUGGACAGCGAGGAAGACGCCGUGGCGCUGGCCAACGACACCGAAUACGGCCUGACCUCGGCUGUCUUCACAGGCAAUCUGUUCCGCGGCCUGCGAGUCGCGCAACAGAUCGAAGCCGGGGCCGUGCAUAUCAACUCUCUCACCGUGCACGACGAGCCUGUGCUGCCACACGGUGGCUGGAAGAGCAGCGGAUACGGCCGGUUCGGAGGGCCCUCCGGGUACGACGAGUGGCUGCAGACCAAGACCAUCACCUGGGUGGAAUAGACCAGACUCCCUCAGACUGCUGAAUGGCCAGGUGCUGCGCACAUGGCUAGCAUAGGUAGCAUCUACGGCGUGCGUUGGUCCGU